GUGCGGCGGUGUAUGAAACUCGGUUUCGUAGACAAUUUUCCAUUUAUCUUACUCCAUUUCCAUAACAGUGCGCGCGCGUGUAUACGUGAUUGCACGUGCCCGUUGAUCGUCGUCGUCGGUGCAAACUAGCAUUAAACGGAUUUUUCAGUCGGAUGCCCUUGACGGUUGCUGCUGCUGCUGCUGCUGCCGUGUACCGCUGUUGUCGCUGGUGACUUGAACGUUCGGCAAUGACAGACACGUUACAUCGUUUCGCCGCGCGUACACGCUGCGCCUUGGAAGUCCGACCGAAACGUGCACGACAUCCACGGCGAGUUUUCAGUUUUCCUCUUUCGUUUUUCAGCGCGUGUUCGACCGGUCCGUCGUCGUCGUCGUUCUCGUUUCCGGUGCCUUCUGCUUCACAUCGUACGCGAAACGCACGUCCCGGUCGCCCCUGACCGCUAUGUAAAACGUCAACACCGCUGGCCGUAAAGAAAUAACGUGCACGGCGCUAAACGAAUAAACCGUAACCGGAAGAAAAAAAUACAAGCAACAUCGAGUUGAUAUCGUGUUUAGAUGAACCAACGGUGCAAGGUGUGUGAAGAACCAGCAGCCGGUUUUCAUUUUGGAGCUUUUACAUGCGAAGGAUGUAAGUCGUUUUUCGGUCGGGCGCACACCAACCCCACGGCGGCGGCGGCGGCGGAGUGCAAGACGGGUGCCGGUCGAUGUGUGAUCGACAAGAAGAAUCGGACGUCGUGCAAGGCGUGCCGGCUCAAGAAGUGUCUGGCCGUAGGCAUGUCGAAGAGCGGCUCGCGGUACGGCCGCCGGUCCAACUGGUUCAAAGUCCACUGCCUGGUCCAGCAGCAGCGGCUGCACCUCGGCCACCAGACGGACCGUAGUCGAACGCCGCCACAGCCACAGCUACUGAUACCUCCGCCACCCCCGCAGCAGUUGCGGUUUUUCCGUUUCGCGCCAAUAAGUCUGGCCCCGUCACCGCGAUUCGAGCACAUCCGCAAGUCCGUCAGAUCGAAUGACCACGACGGUAGAAAUCCCGAUCUCGACGAUCACGAUCUACCGGUCGAUCUUACCGUCGUCCGAAAAUUCAGCGACGACGACGACGACGAUGACAACAACAACAACAACAACGGUACGUUGACCGGGAAGUAUGUACAGGACUCGUCAACGCCUCUAGACUUGACUAGGACAAGUCGUUACAGGAACUUCGGCAUUCGUUCUUAAGGCCCGACACGCGGUUACGCCGUACAGUUUUCGUUUCGUACCUUAUUACUAUUGCAUUAUCGCCAAUAAGGGAUGAUAACCUUUCCUAAAGAACAGAUAUCGAUAUUAAGUUCACAUUCUGUAUGAUAAAAUUAAGUCAGCAGUAUCAACACAAAAUCGGUUUUUCCUAACUUUUCGGAAACGGUCGCCCCCAAACCCCAUCCCUCCGUUCACCUUUGCUGCCUUAUUCCACUGACAUCUGCCCAAUUGAAAUCUCUAAGUUUUUACAAACAAUAAUAAUAUUACGAUGUCUAAUAAAAUUAAUGUAUCUUAAUGUAUCUCAAUGCUUGUAAUGUAUACAUUAGGUAAGCACAUAUUAUAUAGAUACACUUAUAUAAUGUUAGUAGGAAGGGGGUCGAAACAAAUUAAUUUAAGGGUCAUGGAUGAAAAAAGGCUACACAAACGUGAAUAAAGUGUUUCAAGACAAAUAUUUUACUAACACGUAAACAAAUUACGUGCACGCAUAUUUAGUUUCUAUAGUUCUAUUAUACACGUUACAUUAUGUACUACACUUUUUGUUUGCUCAUACCUCAAGCAGGAAGAUAUUAUUGGUUUACGUUGGUCAUGGACUGCACACGUAUAAGUAGUAAUAUCUUCUACCCACCGACGUUCACUUAAUACGAACCGACACGGUGCACGAUUUAUUGGUUUAUUUUAAUUUUAACUUCAUUUUUUAUUUACCAUCAUUAUUAUUGUUCAUGUAAUUGAUGACGUUUACAAUGAUGACCUCUGCAUAGCAUAUAUUAUCGGGUUGCGUAUUGUUAUUUUUAGCAUCUACUGCUAUAGAUGAAUUCAUCGUUUGUAAAUAUUGUUUUCUUAAUUCAUUGUUCAGGAAAAAAUAUGCACUUUUAAAACGUA